AUUAUUUAUGUGACAAUACUAAAAAGUGCAUUCAGAGUAAACAUGACAGUGUUUUGAAUACAUUGUACAGGUCCUGUGGAAACUUGCACAGUGUAAAGAAUCCUAGGCCUAGUUUGCAAGAAAGCACAGGCAUGAAGAUCAAAACCACGAGAUGUUGGGGUUUACGUUGGCCUAUAACUUUCCAAAGUGCAGCUUUCUUUUUCAAAUGUCUUCCGCCUUCUACCUUUUUUUUUUUUUGCAUCCCUGUAGUCUUGUUCUUGAUGAAGUGAAGCACAGACGAUGAACAAUUUUGACCUUCAAUAAAGGCAAAAAACGCACUGCAUUCCCUCCAAACUCAGAUGCAACAUUCAAAAUGAAGACUAUCGUGUGGUUCGUGUUAGUGCUGAGUGCACUCUCUGCUGCAGGCAAAGUGAUCCAAGGAAAACCAGGGCAGAAGGCCACCAUCGAGUGUGGGUUCAGCGACUACACUGGGACCCUGUCGUGGCAUCGUGGAUCGGAAUUAAUUACUAUAAUUAAUAAGAAAAAUGGCAUCCAUCUCAAAGGCCAAGAUAUUGGGAAAAGGUCAUCGCUGAAGGACACAAGUUUGGUGAUUAACAAUGUGAUGGAAAAGGAUGCUGGACAGUUCACCUGCAAAGCAGAUAGGACCACUCAGGAGCACACACUUCUUGUGGUGUCAGUCUCGGUCAGCCCCCCCAGUGAGCUCCAGCAGGGCAGCAAGGCUACGCUCAAGUGUCAGGUCAAAGGUUUGGUACCAGACUCUCCAGUGCAGUGGAAGGAGCCAGAUGGAAAUAAAAUACAUGAACAGAAUUUUGAUCUUUAUCCUGUGCAGCUUUCACAUAAUGGGAGCUGGGUGUGUUCGUUCCUUCAUGCUGGGGAGACGUACAAUGAGACCCUAAAUAUCAAAGUUAAAGAGUUGGCAACUACAACAUCCCCUUCCAAAACUUCGAAGAACAUCACUCAACCAGGUGGUCCUCCCCCUACGUCCAAUGAUGUUUUGGGACCGCUGGGGCUCAGCUGGUGGAUGUGGGUUGCAGUUGGAGUUGGCGGCCUGGUUGUGGUCUUCCUGAUGGUCUUAGUCAUCGCUUUGUGCAGGAGGAUCAAAAGAAGGAAGAGAAGACUGCUCAAGAUAAGGAACGCCGCACAACAACUAAAGCCCAGGCAGUACUGCCAGUGUGACCAGCCAACAGCUGCAGCGAAACUGCAGCAAGGACGCCGAGGAGAGAAACCCUGCUAAUGGAGUGACAUGAAAGACAGAUCGAAGAAAAGAGAGAUAGAGAAAAAGAAAAAGAGGGAGUGAGAGGGAGGCAAGGAAGGAAAGGGAGGGACAGAUAGAGAUAAAGUGAAAAGAGAGCGUGGGUGAAAGAGAACCCUGUUGUGAAUAUGGCUUGAAUGUAAAUGGGCUUUUGAAUGCUCUUGAUGAAAAUACAAAUCAAAUGUAAUGAUGUGGGCACUUUGAGCUUUUCCCACCAAAUACAACCAGUGAUCUGAAUGCAAAUGGGCCAGAAUUGCCUCCUCUGGAAGAGAGAACAGCAACAGUCUGUACUUAUUUAACAUUUAUGAAGCAUAUUAACAUGUUCAGCCUAGUAUAUCAUUACAUUCAGCAUUGUAAAAUUAUAAUGUACUGCUUUUAUCUUAAAUUACAGCUGAUUUAUCUUCUUUCCUGUGUUUCUGUUCAUAUUUGCUAAAGAGAUUUUUAUGUAUUCUUUGUCUUGAUUUUUGAAGAAUACUGCAUUGAAAUUUGAUGUCUUUUUUUUUCCUGCUGUCAAUAAACUAUGACGAUACCCAA